AUGGUCACGGUUAACCCUGUGCGAGGUGAACCAGAUCCCCAAACCGAGAAAGAUAACAAUGCCCUUUUUUAUGGCACCGGUGGCACUGGCAAAACUUCUCUGGUUCGUCGGGUUGCUUACAACGCUGAUUUAUAUCCUCUUAUUGAGAUUAAAGGACCAGCCCUAACCCCAAGAAAUGAAGAUUAUAAAAAUGGUAUUGACCCACUCAAUAAAUUCGUCUUUACUCUUUGUGAUAUCGAAAAUACUCUGGAAGAUGAUUACGGCUUUAUACGGGAGGGAAAUAGCGAAGUAAAAUAUAUUCUCUUUGUCGAUGAAGCUGAUAAUGUCUGCACUAAUAAUGCCUUUACCGAAUAUACUAAACUAUUUGAUAGUAAACAAUUACAUAAUUUUACUGGAAAAUACGAAAAGCCACGAAAGCCUACUACUGAUGAAUUAAUACCACAGAUUACUGAGGCAUUAGAUGUAAGAUUAAAGGAAAUGAAUGAACAGUUGAUAAGAGUUAAUGAAGAAAUGGUUUCACAAAAACAAAACUUUUUUGAAACUUUUAAUCAUAACACCAAUCUCAUAGCUAACAUUCUAGGAGAAAUUGCCAAAAAAAUCGAAUAA